UGUUUGGGGAGGGUAGAAGCUACUCCACACCCCACAGUGUGUGCGUGCUACGUGUGUAAGUUGCCUUCGUAACCGGCUUUUGCAGAAACGUGGUGGCUGAGACUGGUUGCGAUGACGUCAGUCCGCUAGGAGCGCUAGUGACUGAUAACACUAUCCAGUAGGCUGUGGCGGCAGUACCAAUAUCACAACACAGUGCACAGCGGUUGAGCCGCUGGACCUGUGGAGGAAGACGGCCUAGCUCUCACCAUGUCUAUGAAGAAGGAGACCCCGAGCGACGUCCGCCUCCACCUAGCGGCCGUGAACGGCGACCUCAAGGUCAUCCGCAGACUCUUGGACAGUGGGAAAGUCCAUGUCGACUGUCGGGACAAGGAUGGCACCACUCCUCUGAUCCUGUCAUCUGCUAACGGUCACCUGGAGUGUGUUCAGGAGUUGUUGGAGCAAGGAGCAGACCCUGCUGCACGACGAGUGACUGGGACCACAGCAUUGUUCUUCGCUGCCCAGGCAGGUUACAUGGAUGUAGCUCAGCUGCUGAUAACUCACCAUGCCCCAGUCGACACUCCCAGCGUGGAUGGAGGAACUGCACUAUUUGUUGCCUGCCAGUACGGACAUUAUGACAUGGUCCAGCUGUUAGCAAGACACAAUGCAAACAUCAACGCUUGUAUGAAGGACGGGGCAAGCCCCUUGUUUAUUGCUGCCCAGAAUGGACACGCGGACACGUGUCGUCUGCUGCUGACCCUAGGAGCCUCUAUUGACCAGCGUAGGCUGGACGGAGCAACGCCGCUGUGGAUAGCAGCACAGAUGAACCAUGGAGCUGUUGUGAGACUGCUACUGAAACAUGGAGCGUUUGUGGACGCUGUUCGACAUGAUGGAGCUACUCCCUUGUUCAAGGCCUGCCACAAGGGACAUGUUGAUGUUGUUCAAGAUUUGCUCAAGUACAACCCAAGUUUGGGAAAGCUACCUAAUGGAGAGAGCGCUCUACAUGCGGCAGCAUUAUUCGGCCAUCUUGGGAUCGUCAAGUUAUUAUUGCAUGGUGGCGCAAACCUCAGACUUAAAAACCAAGAUGGUAGAACACCAUUUGACCUAGCAGCCAGUGGCAGGCACUGCCAUGUGUUAGAAUAUCUGAAAAUGCACUAGUUACCUGAUGAAAAUAUGGGUACCACUUAGAAAGUACAGGUGCUGAUAAAAUAUUUCCCAAUCUAUCUGUCUCUGAUGGACCAUUCUAGUAAGAUAAAACUCCUUUUUGCUUUGAAAAAAGAAACCCAAAUGUGUUCAAAAUUCAAAGAAAUAUUGUGUCAAAUCUUGCAGUGAUAAAAAAGCUGAUAAGAGGUUUUGUAGGUAACGUAAGGAUUGAGUAUAGUGAUACAAUUGUGACUAGUAUUAUAUUUCAGUGACAUGUUGUAGUUGACAUGAAGUCUUUACUGCUGUAUUUAACAGACAAAAGUUAAAAGCAAUUAUUGUAUUUGUUAUAAAGUGUAUCAGUAUUUAGAUAAUUUGUUAUUUGAAUUACUAUUUUAUCUUUAAAAUAAUUUUAUAUGUUAACAAAUUCCUACUAAACCUCUCUCUUCUAGAAUCCUCAUCUACCUUUGCAAUGUCAAUUAUAGGCAAUUUAAUUAUUACCAUUUAAUAAAAUCGACUGAAUGAGUAUUGUAACAGAAACCAUUAAACAUAAUCCUUCUUCUUACUAUGUGUAAGUGUUUUUCUGUUGAAUGGAAACGUAGACAAGUAGAAUAAAUAUAGACCGUCAGCUGUGCUGCGGUUAGCAUAAGUUCUGGCUUCCAGCGCUAGGUUUGGCUUGUGGUUACGGCGCACACCGCUGCAGUGUCUGCUGGUCGCUAUGGCUCCUGCGCUCCUCGCCUGCUGUGGUGUGCGCCGUAACUACACGGCACUCCUAGCGGUGGGCGCCGGAACCUUACUUUCCUUUGACCUCCUAUAUUUAUUCUAUUUGUCUAUGAUGGAAAACAUGGAAUGACCAGGAUAUUAAAAUCUACUGAGUUGAGUAAAAAAGCACAAAAUUUAACAAUUAAAAAUAACUGUGCCUUACACCAUCCUUUUAUAACUUUUCUACCCUAAUUCUUAAGAAAAACAAUCCCAACUACCAUACUGAAAUUAUGUACAUGUAAAUGUAUUGGUUUUUUGUUGUAUCUUUGAAACUAAUAAGUUUUGCUUGAGCUAGCUAGUAUAAAUUAUAAAUUACUUUUAUUUGCAUGCUUUAUGUGCAUUUUUAUAUUUUUCAAAGGCCAGUUGUUUACCAAUUUGAAAUUUCUAGUAACCCUAUAAAAUAAACUAAAUUACUUCAUUAAAAGGAAGAAACUCGGCCUUAGUAACUUUUAAAUUAAAAGUUUUAAUCACAUUAGCAAUUAAAAACGCUUCAAUCAAGUCCCUCCAAAAGUUCUACUAAACUCUCUUGCCUUCUUUGUUGUUGCAAAUGCUUUGUUAGAAAUAAAUAGUUUUACUGUUGAAA